UCCGAAAAGAGUUGCGCCGCCACAUAGCAAGAAAGCUUUAUGCGCAUGCACUCGAUGGAGAAAUAUAGCAAAACAAGGCAGCUGGAUUUACUUGAGGAAAAGGAGACCAACAAGGCAUCAACCCAGCUCUAUCAGACGGCGGCGCUUAGCCAGCACGCAGAACCUUUUGUCAUUGGACGGACAAAGCGCCGUGAGGGAUAAGUCAGGCGAGGAAACGAGGCGUAAGGCUAUUAUUGGCAUAGGGUUUCAUCUGGAUUCGGCGUUUCUAUAUAUUGUCCCAGUGCCUCAUGGUACAGCAUCAGACCCUCCCUCAUUCAUAGACGGAGAAUCCGUGCCUCUUCCUGUGAGAGAUGCUCAUAGUCUGCGAAGCCGCCACAGCCAUGUCGUCAAAGAAGGAAUGCGAUGACUUGAUAGACAGCCUUACUACUAUUCCUCUCUUUCUCAAGCGCGUCAAGGCGCUGUUAAGUCACUCGCAGCAACCGUUAGAUGAUGCGAUCUUCUGCUCCCUAUCCAGAGUCAGGGCUGAAGUCGAGUUUCUUGACGAGACCAUUGAGCGACAUCUCAGUUGCCUCGGACCCGUCACUGGCAAGCCAGGCGCCGUGGAAGCAGACGUUCUGUUCGUUCGCUUGUCGCCUAUUUCCUCUACCGUCACUCGCAGGCAAGAAGCGUCCGAUGUGCCUCUCAAUUCGACACUGACAGCAGAGAACAUCGCAAGUUUGACCCGAAAUGAUUGUGCCGCUGGAAGAGAAUGCCGAACCGACCCGAUCCCAUCUUUUGAAGUAGGGAGGGGUGCCGAGAAACGCAGAUUGCCCGGUCCAUCGCACGACAUCGUGGAGAUACCUAGGCGAUUCCUCGGAUUGAUUCCGCCAUCCCGUGACGUGUGUUUCGUUGACUUAACAACAGAACAUAGCCCCAGGUAUGGCCCCGACCUGGAUACCGCGUCUAUGAUAGACGUCAGUUCCAAUCGCAAUCUUGACUCCGCCACCGAGCCAAGACCCAACGGUAAGCCUUCUUCGAAGAGCAUCGUGAAAUUGAUUGACCGGGCAGUCGAGCAUGCCCACGUCGGUUGGUUAUCGUGCCGAGACCAAGCUCAAUUCAGAGAAAGGCUUGGUCAAUUUUGUCCAGGACGGUAUGUUGACGACGUUGUGUUCCUUGCCAUGCUUCAGUUAGUGUGUUGUACCUCUACACUUCAGAUCAUAGAUCCAUUGCUUGUGAGGUUCACAGAACCGUUCUUAACCUCGGGCGCUUUCGCGUUCGCCAAGGGUUUUUGACGGGAUGGUACUGCCAAUCAACGUCAAUGCGGCAGAUCAGAUGUCGGAUCACCACAGAAAUCAUUGGAUUCUUGCAAUCGUCAACUGGAAAACGGAGACAUUCGACGCCUUCGGGAUGCA